AUGGCUGACUCAGGCGACACCUAUCGACCGCGAGAGAGGUCUCGUUCACCCCGCCGACGCUCCAGAAGUCCAGGCCGACAAUCUCGCCGACGAUCAUUCUCGCCACGCAGCAGGUCGAAUAGCAGGGACGAUUAUCGUCGCGGCCGCGAUCGCUCGCCCAUGACCGGAACAGGAGCUCCCAGCGGAGGAUCCAGUACAGGCUACGGUGGACAAGCACCACAUCGAUCGUAUGAGGAGCGAGCUGCAGCAAGGGAGCAAAUGAUGAACAGCAUCCGUGAAACGUCACAACAGGACCGCCGUGUCUACGUCGGAAAUCUUUCCUACGACGUCAAAUGGCACCACCUCAAAGAUUUCAUGAGACAGGCUGGAGAAGUGCUUUUUGCAGAUGUGCUACUUCUUCCCAAUGGAAUGUCGAAGGGCUGCGGAAUUGUGGAGUAUGCAACGAGAGACCAGGCUCAGCAAGCUGUUGCUCAACUCAGCAACCAAAACUUGAUGGGUCGUUUGGUCUAUGUUCGAGAGGAUCGUGAGGCGGAACCGCGCUUUAUUGGCGCCACUGGUGGCAACCGUGGUGGUUUCGGUGGAGGAAUGUCGGCUGGCUUCAACCACGCCCAGGGGGCCUACGGCGGCGGCGGCGGCGGCGGCGCCGCUCCUCCUGGAGGAGCUGGCCGACAGAUCUAUGUGGCCAAUCUUCCAUUCAAUGUCGGAUGGCAAGACUUGAAAGACCUGUUUCGCCAAGCAGCUCGAAACGGCGGCGUUAUUCGUGCUGAUGUCCACAGCGGUCCGGAUGGCCGUCCAAAGGGUUCAGGUAUUGUUGUUUUUGAGAAUCCGGACGAUGCGCGAAACGCCAUUCAACAGUUCAACGGCUACGACUGGCAAGGCAGGAUGCUGGAGGUUCGCGAAGAUCGCUAUGCCGGAGCUGGCGGAAUGAACUUUUCCGGACGCGGUGGCUACGGGGGCGGUGCGAGGGGCGGUUUUGGUGGCGGAUUCGCUCGCGGAGGUUACGGCGGUGGCCGUGGAGGAUUCGGAUUCGGCGGUGGCCGAGGCGGCUUCCCUGGCGGCGCGGGCUACGAAGCUGCUACGCCUGCCGCCGCAGUGCCUCCCAACCCCUUCACUGACGGGGCUGUCGCAGGAACUGACAAGAGCGAGACCAUCUACGUCCGCAAUCUCCCAUGGUCGACGAGCAAUGACGACCUAGUCGACCUGUUUACUACCAUUGGCAAAGUGGAACAAGCCGAGAUACAGUACGAGCCCAGUGGUCGUUCCAGGGGCACGGGUGUCGUUCGUUUCGACACGGCGGACACGGCCGAGACGGCAAUCACCAAGUUCCAGGGAUACCAGUACGGUGGCCGCCCUCUCAACCUCAGCUUCGUCAAAUAUCUCAACCAGCCGGGCGGCGAGAGCAUGGAUACCGAUACUCACGGCGGUCUCACUCAGGACCAGAUUAUGUAG